UCCAGUCAGUGGUCCACACAACUGCAGGAUUAUGGCACCAGCAAAGAAGGGAAUCUUGGAGCGUCUUGACGCUGGGGAGGUCGUGAUCGGCGAUGGAGGUUUUGUGUUUGCUCUGGAGAAGAGAGGCUAUGUAAAGGCAGGUCCAUGGACACCUGAGGCCGCCGUAGAGCACCCCGAAGCAGUGCGACAGCUGCACAGGGAGUUCCUGAGGUCCGGGUCCAAUGUCAUGCAGACCUUCACCUUCUACGCCAGCGAUGACAAACUGGAGAACAGGGGCAACAAGCUCUCCCUCACUGGAGCUCAGAUCAACGAGGCCGCCUGCGAUCUGGCCCGUGAGGUUGCCAACGAGGGCGACGCUCUGGUUGCCGGGGGAGUUUGUCAGACUCCAUCCUACCUGAGCUGCAAGAGUGAGACAGAGGUGAAAGCCAUCUUAAAGAAACAGCUGGAUGUGUUUGUCAAGAAAGAUGUCGACUUCCUGAUUGCUGAGUACUUUGAGCAUGUGGAAGAGGCUGUGUGGGCCGUGGAGGUGCUGAAGGAGACAGGAAAGCCCAUCGCUGCCUGUCUGUGUAUCGGACCAGAUGGAGACAUGCACGGUGUCUCACCAGGAGAGUGUGCCGUCAGGCUGGUCAAAGCCGGAGCUCAGAUUGUGGGAGUCAACUGUCACUUUGACCCCAUGACCUGCGUAAAAGCUGUCAAGAUGAUGAAGGAGGGAGUGGAGAAGGCCGGUCUGAAGGCUCACUACAUGGUGCAGCCUCUGGCAUACCACACCCCAGACUGCAGCUGUCAGGGAUUCAUCGAUCUGCCAGAAUUCCCCUUCGGUCUGGAGCCCAGGAUCCUGACCCGCUGGGACAUGCAUGCAUACGCCAGAGAGGCCUACAAUACUGGCAUCCGCUUCAUUGGAGGCUGCUGUGGAUUUGAGCCUUACCACAUCAGGGCUGUUGCAGAGGAGCUGGCCCCUGAGAGAGGUUAUCUCCCAGAAGCGUCAGAGAAACAUGGCAACUGGGGUGCUGGUCUGGAAAUGCACACCAAGCCCUGGGUCAGAGCCAGAGCCCGUCGCGACUACUGGGAGAACCUGAAGCCAGCCUCUGGUCGUCCUCUGUGUCCCUCCAUGUCUUCCCCCGAUGGCUGGGGUAUUACCAAGGGCCACUCUGACCUCAUGCAGCAAACAGAGGCCACCUCUAAGGACCAACUCAAACAGCUGUUCGACAGGUCAAAGAGCCAAUGAGUCUCUCUCAGUCUACACUGUUGUGUGCAUUAUCUCUAACAGUGCUGCACCUAACAAGCUUAAUGUCAGGGGUCACAUCUUCACUUGAAACCAUCACUGUUCUGUGCAAUAUGUUGAUUGUAAAGCUGAAGUUGAUGUGUAGCCACAGCGGGGUCUUAAAUUAGGUGUCGACCCGUGUUAAGAUCGGGACCUUUUUUUUUCAUAAUUCUGGACCAGUUUGUUUAAUAGAAUAUAAUCUAAUAAAGUGUGAAUUGGCCAUU